AUGGCUAGAGCCGCGCAAUCCCAAGAGAAGAGUGAUCCUCCUCGGGGCAACGUGAUUGAGACGGAGGAUAUUGCAGUGGACCAAGAACGAGACACUUUUCUUCCAAGGCCCUCGGAUGAUCCAAACGAUCCUCUAAACUUCCCACUUUGGCUGAAGAUUGCUAUUCUAACCCAAGUCUGUCUGUUGGCCAGUCUUGGAACCCUCAAUACCGCAAUUAUCAACCCUGCAUAUGGUCCCCUGGCCACCGAAUUCGGUAUUACCAAAGUCCGCGCCUCCUACCAAACCACUGUAGUCAUUGCACUCAAUGGCGUCGGGCCAUUUCUUUGGAUUCCACUGGCAAACGUGUACGGACGAAGACCCAUCUAUCUCUUGACGACUCUCAUUGGAUUUGCAUCUUCCUUGGGGUCUGCAUAUGCGCGUAAUUUCAGUCAGUUGAUCGUGGCCCGCGUCUUCAAUGGCCUUUGGCCGGCUGCUCUUGGUCUCGGCCCAGCUACCGUCGUGGACCUUUUCUUCUACCACCAGCGAGGACGAGCCAUGGGUCUCUUCACCGUGAUAUUGACAAGCGGGGCACAUAUCGCACCCAUUGUCGGAGGACUUAUUGGGCAGUACCUUGGCUGGAGAUGGACAUUCAAGUUUGCCGCCAUACUCGACGGUGUCAUGCUGCUCGUGAUCAUCUUCUGCCUCCCAGAAACCCUGUAUAUACGUGAUCCAACUCGUCUCGCUCGUACUGUCCACGAGCGGGAAGUCGACUUCACGCCUCGGACGUAUGCUUCUCGACUGAAAGCAUACUCCUCUUUCCCACAGCUCAAGCUGCGUUGGAACCAGUUCGUCAUCCCAUCCUUGAGAAUGGCCAAGUACCCGUCCGUCCUUUUUCCGGCGUUGUACUACUCAGCACAGUAUGGAUUUGCCUCAAUCCUUCCCGCAGUUACUGUUGCCAGCAUAUUCUCCGAGGCCUUCCACUGGAACACGCUCAAAAUUGGGCUUGCCUAUGGCGGCGCCCUGACUAUCGGAGGUGUGCUCGGUGAAGUAGCAGGUGGCGUUGUGCUAGAUUCAAUCGUAAACCGCGCUCGCCACAAGCUCAAUGGCGCCAAUCCGCCCCCCGAAAUCCGACUGAAAGCAAUCUGGACUGGCGCACUCUUGGUACCUGCUGGAUUGAUUAUCUACGGUUUCACGCUCCAGUAUCACGUCUAUUGGUUUGUGCCGCUUUUCGCAAUGGCGCUCGCCGUUUUUGGGCUCCAGGUUAUUGCAACCACCUGCUACACCUACAGCAUUGAUUCAUACCGUGCCCAAAGUUCCGAGACUUCGCAGCUCAUCAACUUAAUCAGGCAGGAGUUCGGCAUGACUUUUGCGUUCUAUGUCGUUGCGUUGUGCGAGCGGAUUGGGUAUCAGUGGGCUUUCUUCAUGUUCGCUAUUCUCGGUAGUGGACUGGGCUUCCUUCCCAUCAUAGUCUUGAUGUUCAAGGGAGAGGAAAUUAGGCACAGACUAGGUGAUCCAAAGGAUAUUAGUCCGUUGGAGACAGAGCAGGAAACAGAAAUUGCGCUGGACAAACUUGUAGAUGACGCCACGAUGGAGAUGGAAAUGGAACAACGGCAAUAA